AUGGCUGACGAGGAGACUCCAGAUUACACUCUUACGCUAGAAGACGGUACAGUUGUCCAUACUUCGAGGGAAUUCACGGGGUGUGGGCGUGCAGUAUACGCCAAUGGGGAAGUUUAUGAUGGGGACUUUGAUGAGGGUGUCAGGCAUGGGAAGGGGACGUAUUGGUAUAGGAAUGGGGAUGUUUAUACGGGACAGUUCCAAGAGAACGAGAAGCAUGGUAUGGGCCGACUGGUGUACACUGGCGGUACCUCUGCUCAAGGAAGUACCUAUCAUGGACAGUUCAAAGAAGGCGAAAAGCAUGGACAAGGAACAUACAAAUACAACAAUGGAGAUGUCUACUCUGGUGAUUGGGCCAAGGGCCGAAAGCAUGGCCGUGGUACUUACGUCUAUGAGGAUGGGUCAUCACUCGAAGGGAAGUGGAAGGAGGGUUCUUUGAUGGCGGGGACUUGGACGCUUCCAAGCGGUGUCCGCUUCCUUGGGGAUUUCAAAGAGAACAAGCCCUUCGGGGAGGGAAAAUGGGAGAUGCCGUGUCGACAGGGUCACACGGUGUCGGGGAAGUAUGUCCACAGCAGAGCUCCGACUGAAGAGGGGCAAGAGGCUGUUGACGACAAUCUCUCUUUACGGUUCAUCCCGCAUGAUACGUGA